CCUGCCGGUUGGGAUAGCCUGAACAAGAUUGGUUUGUUGGAACAGAAUCUGACUAAAUACCGUCCCGGUGACGAAUUCGACAAAGUGGUGCCCAAGCCCGAAGAACAAGCCAAGACCGCAAAUAAAGAACCAGCAGUGACUGCUGUUGAUGAUCAAUACUUCUUAAGUGAAAUAUACACUGCACUGCAACACGACGCCUCAGCCGGUGGAGGAAGCGAAAAUGGCACGCCGUCGCAUGAACAAUCCUCCAUACUGGAUGUUUCUGGAAACCCCCCUAGUCGGCCCUCCUCGGGGUCGGCUUCACGAAGUCGUGUGAGUUUUCCAUCUCUUGAGCGUUGA